AUCUCGAAAAGUUGACGACGGCAACAUCGCGCGAGCACCAGCGCACCCGCACUGCAUCUCCAAGACGUACCUUGCGUCAUACGCCAACCUACCGCACACACCUCAGCGCAAGCUACCCAGGACACCAACCCCCAAACCCCCGCACAAUGGCCUACUUCCGCAUAACGCUCAUGCGAUCGGGCAUCGGCAUGCCCAAGAAGGUACAGGGCGUCCUCCACGCCCUCGGACUGAAGAAGCGCAUGACAACCGUAUACUAUCCCGUCAGCCAAUCCGUCGCGGGUCAGAUAAUGCGCAUCAAGGAGCUGGUGGACGUCAAGGAGGUUGAAAAGCCCAUGUCGAAAGAAGAGAUGCGCGCUGCGCGACGGCCGGAUAAGGGGUACUAUGUUGAGAAAAGGGCGGAGCAGGUGGAGUUGUAAAGACUGAGGAUGAAUCCGGAUGGAAGGCUUGACUUAUGGAAUGAUGGAGGAAGUAGAGAAAGAACCGAGCCAUGUAUGAUAUGGAACUGUAAAGAGUUGGGUGCAUCUACUGGCGUUCGUUGCAUUUGUAAUUGAGACGGAAUUGUACACAAAAUUGUACGAUGAGGCUGCGCCCUCAAGCUUGAAUAGGUGCUUGGAGAGGAAAGGCGAUACAGAUCCGCUCAGGGAUGCGUGUCAUACCGCGUAUGGUUCUUAGGAAUGCGUCAAGCAAGCAGAUGUACAUUCUACGUGUAUGCAAUACAUCCACGAGCAAGACGCUGACUGCGUGAGCACGCGUGUCCUUGAUCCUCUAUCAUACUAUAAUGAUUGGUCAAUCGACAUUCUCCUCGGCUCAGGGAUUGGCUAAGAGUUCGUAUGAUUGACAGCGUGUGCUGCAGGCUUCAGCCCGAAGUAGACUAGC